UGAUUCCUUCACAAACAAAGCGCGUGUGGACACCGGGCACGAGAGCGUGAGCGAGGCUAGAAUCAAUAGCCGAAAGUGUUUACCUCGUCUGUGAGACACGGUAGACACGCGCAGAGGCGAGGGAAGGAAGGGAGGAAAAGGGGGUGAGAAGGAGGAAAAACAGACAGCGGUGAACAAUCGGUGGGUGUAUCUUAGCUAGAGGAACAGAAGGAGCGCAGGUCGGAUAAAAGGAUAAACGCGGCUCUUUUUUUAUAUUUUAAAGAUGGGGGAGUGAAAGAGCGUGUGCGCCCGUCGUGUCAUAACGCAUCCACCGACUAGCCCAAGACAAGCGCGCCACCGUCCGUCCAUGGCGUAAAAACAGGGGGUAAGUCUACAUAAAUAUAACUGAAAUAAUUAAAUAAUUCGCUGUGGAGAGAAGAGCGUCAUCCGCAGUGUGUCUCUCUCUCCUUGCACCACCUAAGUGCAGCUGAGACAGAAGAGAGACGAGGAUACAGCAGGGAGGGGAGAGAGAGAAACCGCUUCCCUUACCGAAUCAAGGAGAGAGGAGACGCGACUUGCAGACGGAAAAUAACGGGAAUAUACCUAACGUAUCUGUGACCAACCGGCACUGCGAAGGUUUUGGAGGUGUUUUUAACGGUGAGCAGGGAUUCGGUGUUGCAGCGGCCUACCUGAAGAACCGCACAUGUCGGCACGUUCGAGCACCCCAUCUCCAUCCCCGCCCUGCGCGGAGCCCUGUUCGGUCUGAAACGGCAGGGCCAGGCUGGUUACCGAAUAUCGGAACCGUUCACGGAACCGGGGAACAGUGAUGCGUUAUCGAAGCGGAAUCAGAUCGACGAUUUUAUGAUAUGAGUCUGGUAUGACCUAAUCAAUUAAUGAUUUAUUAUUCAUUGAUGUGGACGGACCAAUCAAACGACUGAUUUUAUGGAUUCAUGUUGUUGACGUUUUCUUGAAUGGAAUGAUUCCAAUAACCGGUGCUCUGGUAGUUCUGCUUUAUCGGUGUGAUGUGCUUUAUGUAAGGAUCCAUACUCUAUAGGCUAGGCUAUAUCCAUGACAGAAAUAUAUAAAUAAAUACCAAAUUUAGUCCGAUGACAAGCUGAUGACGCCAAUACGGCAAAGCAACCCUCACAGUUGUAACCUAAAUAAUCCACGUGCUUCUUCCUGUCCAUCAGUAGAUACAUGGAUCAUUUCCGUUAGAUCAAUGCGUUUGUCUUUUGUGUAAAAAUAUGUUUCGUUAUUUCAAAAACGACUGGAGCAACGUUUUUCUCCUCCCUCGGCUGUAUUGAGACGGUAUAGGCAGCAGGCAGGCAGUCACAAGGUGCGAAACGAAUUGAACUUCAAGCAACAGCAGAACACACACACACACACACACCAGCCUAUUUAUUUUACCCCCCUGUCCUCUAAUCUUCCAUCCAUCCAUCUCUGGACUGCAGCACUCCGUCUCUAUCCCUUCCUUCCUUCCUUCCUUCCUUCCUUCCUUCCUUCCUUCCUUCCUUCCUUCCUUCCUUCCUUCCUUCCUUCCUUCCUUCCUCCUUCCUUCCUCCCUCCUUCAUCCAAUUCCUCACUAUGUUCUAUUCCCAGAUUAUCCAUUUUGAUUUUAAAAAAUAAUUACGUAUUGGCUCCAUAAGAGGUUUUAAAAAAGAGUUUUUCGCCUCCAUCCUGUACACCUCUCCUUCACUAUCCUAUCAUCGGUGCAUCUGGUCACACACACUUGACACACACACACCGGGCCGCUCGCUAACACGGCACGGCCACGAUGGAGACGACUAAACUACCCCCGACCAGCCCUUCCUCCCCGACCACCGGGUUCUCGGUCCCAUCAGCGGAGAAGGUGGAUGGGUUUCCCCGGCGGUCGAUGCGCAGAGCCCGGCAGAGGCGCUCCCACUCCUCGUCCCAGUUCCGCUACCAGAGCUCCCAGGUCGAGCUGACGCCGCUGCCGCUACUCAAAGAUGCCCCAGUGGCAGAGCUCCAUAACCUGUUCUGUAAGAAGCUGCAGCAGUGCUGUGUCCUCUUUGACUUCCUGGACUGUGUGGCCGACCUCAAGGGGAAGGAGAUCAAACGAGCUGCGCUCAACGAGCUGGUGGAGUCUGUUGCAACCAGCAGAGGAGUUCUGAUAGAGCCACUCUACCCAGAGGCUAUUAAGAUGAUAUCAGUGAAUAUCUUCAGGACGUUACCUCCCAGUGAGAACCCAGAGUUUGACCCGGAGGAGGAUGAACCCACUCUAGAGGCCUCCUGGCCACACCUACAGCUGGUGUACGAGUUCUUUCUGCGUUUUCUGGAGAGCCCAGACUUCCAGCCCUCCAUGGCCAAACGCUACGUCGACCAGAAGUUUGUUCUACAGCUGUUGGAGUUGUUUGACAGUGAGGAUCCCAGGGAGAGAGAAUACCUGAAGACCAUCCUGCAUCGUGUCUACGGCAAACUGCUGGGUCUGCGGGCGUACAUACGUAAACAGAUCAACAACAUCUUCCUCAGGUUCAUCUAUGAGACUGAGCACUUCAACGGAGUAGCAGAGCUACUGGAGAUUCUGGGCAGCAUUAUAAACGGGUUUGCGCUACCCCUGAAGUCAGAACACAAGCAGUUCCUGGUUCGAGUCCUGAUCCCUCUACACACAGCCAAGUCCCUGUCCAUCUUCCAUGCACAGCUGGCAUACUGUGUGGUCCAGUUCAUGGAGAAAGAUGCCACGGUCACAGAAUACAUCAUACGAGGGCUGCUCAAGUACUGGCCCAAAACCUGCACCCAGAAAGAGGUGAUGUUCCUAGGGGAGAUAGAGGAGAUACUGGAUGUGAUCGAGCCGUCUCAGUUUAUCCGUGUCCAGGAGCCUCUCUUUAAACAGAUCACUGCCUGCAUCUCAAGUCCACACUUCCAGGUAGCAGAGAGGGCUCUGUACUUCUGGAACAAUGAGUACAUCCUGUCUUUGAUAGAGGAGAACAGUCAGGUGAUUCUACCGCUGGUCUUCACUACACUCUACAGAGUCUCCAAGGAGCACUGGAACCAGACAAUAGUCUCUCUGAUCUACAACGUUCUGAAGACCUUUAUGGAGAUGAACAGCAAACUGUUUGAUGACCUCACUGCCUCUUACAAAGUGGACAAACAGAAGGAGUUGAAGAGGGAGCGUGAGCGUGCAGAGCUGUGGCGGGGGUUGGAGGAGCAGAAGGAGAGGAGGCUUCAGACCCUGGGGGAGACCAGUCGUAAUCAGAAGGACCUCCUGGAGAGAGGGGAGCCUCCUCAGCCCUCCUCCCCACAGAUGACACACCCUAAGCAGCCAGACCUCAAGCCCAGUGGACCCUCCUCCACCACCUAGAGCCAGACAGAGAAUCAGUACCAGAGCCACAGAGUUCAGAACAUACUGAUACAGUUAGCACACACACACACACACACACACACACACACACACACACACACACACACACACACACACACACACACACACACACACACACACACACACACACACACACACACACACACACACACACACACACACACACACACACACACAGCCAUACACAGGCAUAACGUAUACUGUAUACACACACUCGUGCAAAGUGUACACAAAUACAAAAUAUGAAUUGACUCACACACACACAAACACACACUAAUUACACACACAGACUGAACACACAGACUGAACACACAGACUGAACACACAGACUGAACACACAGACUGAACACACAGACUGAACACACAGACUGAACACACAGACUGAACACACAGACUGAACACACAGACUGAACACACAGACUGAACACACAGACUUUGUACACAGACUGAAUUACACAAGCAGCCCUGUACACAAGUGGUUCCCAACAUGUUUUUGACUGAGGCUCACCUUGACGGGAUAAAGGAUUCUGCACUUAUUUAUUUGUAUAUUGGUAAUGACCUCCAUCUCAUCUGUCCCAUACAACAAAAUCAUCUAAUUUCCCGUGCCAAACGUUUAUUCUAGAUUAAAUUGUUGUUUUUUUUGUUAACUAUUUUCAUAGUUCCUUACUCAGGAUGAUUAAGUUGUGUGUACCCCUUUAAGUGUUUCCCGCGAAUUCAAAACACUAUAAGAAAAAAAAAAUGUAGCUACGGUAAAAUAGGUGUUUAUUUUUAACAGACCGUUUUCCUGUUUUUCUGUCAUUUAUUAAGAUCCAACCACGGACACAAAGUCAUCCAUACUCCGUUUGUUUAUAUGGUACAGCUAACAGAGCAUUCACACCUAUCCACACUAGCCUGCCCUCAUGUGGGUGCUAGCAAGCAAGCUAGGUAGUGCUCCGUAUCAACAGCCAUUGUCAGCCAAUUCAGUAAGGGGUUGGAAGCUAUGUGAGCUUUCGAUUGGUCACUCGCGUCACGAUAUUCUCUGAGGAUUUGCAUGAAGAUGAGCGUUACCCAACUUUAGUCCCACCCUGUUCAGUUCCCUCUCCCUGCCCACUUCCCCUCGCCUACUUCCCCUCGCCCACUUCCCCUCGCCUACUUCCCCUCGCCCACUUCCCCUCGCCUACUUCCCCUCGCCUACUUCCCCUCGCCCACUUCCCCUCGCCUACUUCCCCUCGCCUACUUCCCCUCGCCUACUUCCCUCUCCCACUUCCCCACGCCCACUUCCCCUCGCCCACUUCCCCUCGCCCACUUCCCCUCGCCCACUUCCCCUCGCCUACUUCCCCUCGCCUACUUCCCUCGCCCACUUCCCCUCGCCCACUUCCCCUCGCCCACUUCCCCUCGCCCACUUCUCCUCGCCCACUUCCCCUCACCCACUUCCCCUCGCCUACUACUCCUGAUUUCCUUCCGUUGAAAAGUGAAUGAGGCUCUGUGGUUUCAUCGCCCAAAACGUGUUGUGAGGAAAUGCACUGUAAUCAGAUUGGCCAGUGCUAAUGGGGUCUCAUUGGCCGAGCAAAAUGUUCCCAAUGACUUUGUUUGGUGAUGCGCCACCCCUCAAAGGAUCCAGUUGUGACAACAGCCUGAGAUCACUGCACUUGAAAACAAACAAGACAGAUGAAACCGUGCGAUGUUUAGUGUUUUAUCUGACUGCCGCUGGGGAUUCUAAGUCAACAUCCCAGGUGUCAUUCCACCAGUCACGUUUCUAAGUAAGUCUUCGUUACAUUUAGGAAAAGUUUUAUGGCCUGAGAGUUCCUCAAGGCCGACCAUACACACUCUUAGCACUACAAUACCAUACACACUCUUAGCACUACAAUACCAUACACACUCUUAGCACUACAAUACCAUACACACUCUUAGCACUACACUACCACACACACUCUUAGCACUACAAUACCAUACACACUCUUAGCACUACAAUACCAUACACACUCUUAGCACUACACUACCACACACACUCUUAGCACUACAAUACCAUACACACUCUUAGCACUACAAUACCAUACACACUCUUAGCACUACAAUACCAUACACACUCUUAGCACUACAAUACCAUACACACUCUUAGCACUACAAUACCACACACACUCUUAGCACUACAAUACCAUACACACUCUUAGCACUACAAUACCACACACACUCUUAGCACUACAAUACCAUACACACUCUUAGCACUACAAUACCAUACACACUCUUAGCACUACAAUACCAUACACACUCUUAGCACUACAAUACCAUACACACUCUUAGCACUACAAUACCACACACACUCUUAGCACUACAAUACCAUACACACUCUUAGCACUACAAUACCACACACACUCUUAGCACUACAAUACCACACACACUCUUAGCACUACAAUACCACACACACUCUUAACACCACAAUACCACACACACUCCCUAUCUCAAACUAAACAUAUUUCUCCCUCUUUCUCUCUUUCUCUCUCUUUCUCUCUGUCUCUCACACACACAUGCACACACACACAGACACACACACACACACACACAAACAAACACACACACACUGAGACCCACUGGUACUGGUUCUAGCUGGUUUCGAUGUGGAACCGCCCUCCCAGUUCUACGACAGGGACUUUUACUGUCCCAAAAGAUGAAGAGGAAUGAUGAUGAAGUUAAAAUAAUAUUGUUCAUUCUUGUCUUCUUCUCAACUGCUGAUGUUUUUAUAUGUCUGAAUAUUACCAUGUUAUGACCAUGUUACGACCAUGUUAUGACCGUGUUAUGACCAUGUUAUGACCAUGUUAUGACCAUGUUAUGACCAUUUUAUGACCAUGUUAUGACCAUUUUAUGACCAUUUUAUGACUAUAUUAUGACCAUAUUAUGACCAUGUUAUGACCAUGUUACGACCAUAAUGACAUGUGACCAUUUUAUGACCAUGUUAUGACCAUAUUUUAUUAUAACCAUAUUAUGACCAUGUUAUGACCAUAUUAUAUUAUAACCAUAUUAUGACCAUAUUAUGACCAUAAUGACAUGUGACCAUAUUAUGACCAUGUUAUGACCAUAUUAUGACCAUGUUAUGACCAUGUUAUGACCAUUUUAUGACCAUGUUAUGACCAUGUUAUGACCAUUUUAUGACCAUUUUAUGACCAUGUUAUGACCAUGUUAUGACCAUGUUACGACCAUAAUGACAUGUGACCAUAUUAUGACCAUGUUAUGACCAUAUUAUGACCAUGUUAUGACCAUGUUAUGACCAUAUUAUGACCAUGUUAUGACCAUAUUAUGACCAUAUUAUGACCAUUUUAUGACCAUGUUAUGACCAUUUUAUGACCAUGUUAUGACCAUGUUAUGACCAUGUUAUGACCAUGUUACGACCAUAAUGACAUGUGACCAUUUUAUGACCAUGUUAUGACCAUAUUAUAUUAUAACCAUAUUAUGACCAUAUUAUAUUAUGACCAUAUUAUGACCAUGUUAUGACCAUGUUAUGACCAUAUUAUAUUAUAAUUAUAUUAUGACCAUAUUAUGACCAUUUUAUGACCAUGUUAUGACCAUGUUAUGACCAUAUUAUAUUAUAACCAUGUUAUGACCAUGUUAUGACCAUAUUAUGACCAUGUUAUGACCAUGUUAUGACCAUAUUAUGACCAUGUUAUGACCAUAUUAUAUUAUAACCAUAUUAUGACCAUAUUAUAUUAUAACCAUAUUAUGACCAUAUUAUGACCAUAUUAUGACCAUGUUAUAACCAUAUUAUGACAUAUUAUGACCAUGUUAUGACCAUAUUAUAUUAUGACCAUAUUAUGACCAUGUUAUGACCAUAUUAUGACCAUAUUAUGACCAUGUUAUGACCAUAUUAUGACCAUGUUAUAUUAUAACCAUAUUAUAACCAUGUUAUAUUAUAACCAUAUUAUAACCAUGUUAUAUUAUAACCAUAUUAUGACCAUAUUAUGACCAUGUUAUAUUAUAACCAUAUUAUGACCAUAUUAUGACCAUGUUAUGACCAUAUUAUGACCAUAUUAUGACCAUAUUAUGACCAUAUUAUGACCAUAUUAUGACCAUAUUAUGGCUAUAUUAUGACCAUAUUAUGACCAUGUUAUGACCAUGUUAUGACCAUAUUAUGACCAUGUUAUGACAAUAUUAUAUUAUAACCAUAUUAUAACCAUAUUAUGACCAUAUUAUGACCAUAUUAUGACUAUAUUAUGACUAUAUUAUGACCAUGUUAUGACCAUGUUAUGACCAUAUGAUAUUAUAACCAUAUUAUAACCAUAUUAUAACCAUAUUAUGACCAUGUUAUGACCAUAUUAUAUUAUAACCAUAUUAUGACCAUAUUAUGACCAUAUUAUGACCAUGUUAUGACCAUAUUAUGACCAUAUUAUGACUAUAUUAUGACUAUAUUAUGACCAUGUUAUGACCAUAUUAUGACUAUAUUAUGACCAUAUUAUGACCAUGUUAUGACCAUAUUAUGACCAUAUUAUGACCAUGUUAUGACCAUAUUAUGACCAUGUUAUGACCAUAUUAUUAUAGUGUUGGUUGGAAACUCCUUUAGUGUAGCACUCCUGAAGCAGAACUAGGGCACAGCCCAAAUCACAACUUAUUCACUACGUAGUGCAGUACUUUUGACCAGGGCCCAUAGAUAGGGUUAGCCCAUAGGGAAUAGGGUGCCAUUUGGGAUUCAGACAGUGUUUGAUUUGGGAUGACCAUUAUGCUGCUGGGAUGCUGCGACCCCUGACCCCUGCUAGAUUAAAACUGUUCUGUCAUUAUUAUUGUCUGUUUAUAAUUAACUGAUUAAUUGAUUUCUUAAUUGGUUGAUUAAUUGAUUUCUUAAUUGGUUGUUUGAUUGAUUGAGAGUCAGAAUACGACAUGUUCUUUUAGCAAUAUUCUCAUUUGUUUGGGAUAAUGUGUGUAGGGGGGUACGAUACGGAGGGGGUGUUUCUGUGACCCCUCCUUAGGGUCUGUGUCCCAAAUGACACCCUAUUCCCUCUGUCGUGCACUACAUAUGAUCAGGACCUAUAGGGGUCUGGUCAAAAGUAGUGCACUAUAUAGGGAAUAGAGUGACAUUUGGGACGUAACCUCAUGUCUACCACCUUGAAUGUUGUCCUUAAUAUCACACUGUCUUUACUGUACAUCUGUGUAUUAUGAUUCACUCAUGUGAUGAAAUUAUUUACAAUUUGUUUUUAUAUUGUUGUUAUGUUUUUGUUUGUUGAUUUGGUCGAUAUCUGAUAUUUAUGAUAUUUUUUAUUUGAUCUUUGGAAUUGUGACCUUAUUGCAGGAAGUUGGCAAAGAUUAGAAGUUAGUGUGUGUGUGUGUGUGUGUGUGUGUGUGUGUGUGUGUGUGUGUGUGUGUGUGUGUGUGUGUGUGUGUGUGUGUGUGUGUGUGUGUGUGUGUGUGUGUGUGUGUGUGUGUGUGUGUGUGUGUGUGUGUGUGCGUGUGUGAGUUUGGUUCGAGUGUAACAGUGACAGGAGAUGUGUGUAGGAACAGGGUUUGAAUCAGAAUGUAACACGUCUGAUUGAUUGUGAGUCUGGAGGUUCUGCUGGCAUCUUGUUACCGAGACAACCAAACCAGCAGCCUUCAACACUCUUCUAACGGUUUUUCAUUGAAACAAAACUAGAAUAUCCUAGAAAAUAAACAAACCUCACUAUCGUUAAAACUCACUUCCUGGUUUUUGCUAGUUACCCACAAUUCCCCCAUUUAUCAGUCAGUUUUCUGGGAGAUUAAUAAUUAUAUUCUGGAGUUGGAACCCAGUUUAUCAGAGGAGAGGAGAGAAGACCCUCCCUCCCUCCCUCCCUCCCUCCCUCCCUCCCUCUCUCCCUCCCUCCAGUCAGUAGAAUUAUAGAACGGCAAUAAUAAUGGGUUUGAAUAUGUAUGUGUUCGUAGCAUCACUAAACUAGAAUUGCACUGUCCUCCUGGUUUGGUCUGUAGGCUAAAUGUUGCUCAGAAACAUAGAAACCGUUGAUGAUGACCAACAGCCGGAGAGAUGAAUGUACAGUCGAGUCAAACUGGGCUUGUAGUGAGGAGAUGAUGUGCUAAAUGAACUUCACUUUGAGAAAACAAA